AUGUAUUUUCAGCCGGUUACGUCCUUUAUUUUGAAGUUUCUGUUUGACUUAGGUUUGAGUAUCUUACCAAAAUGGCAAAGUCAAAGAACCACACAAAUCAUAACCAAAACCGUAAAGCUCACCGAAAUGGAAUUAAAAAACCUACAAAGUUCAGACACGAAUCUACUCUUGGUAUGGACCCUAAAUUCGACGUGGUCAUACUUAUUACUUUAUAUAUUUGUGAUUUAUUGGUUCACACCUUUGCUUGCAGUAUACGAGAAUUCAGUGUGUUUAUUAUUUAGUAUGGAGGCUCCAGAAUGUCCAGUUUGCGUUCAGACUAUGACCGUACCCAUAUUUCAAUGCCAAUCAGGGCACAGUCUUUGCAAUAGGUGCACUAGUAAAUUGCGACCACCGAUUUGUCCCUUAUGCCGUCAAACUAUGACGCAAAUGAGAAACUGGCAGCUGGAAGAGUUAGUAUCAAAGUCUUUAGUGCCAUGCCAUAACAAGCAACUCGGGUGCAUAUUCAAUGUUAAGUUGGAGGGUUUGGAGGACCAUCUCAAGGAGUGCAUCUUCAGGGAAUUGAACUGUCCUUUAGGCAAAGUAUUUGGAACUUGUUCCUGGUCUGGAAAACUAAAGGAAUUACUGGCGCAUUUUAAGGAGCGUCAUCCACAAAACAGUAACAUCAAUAUUGCAUCCGAUAUCAUCAUCCCAAAUGUGUCAGUGUUCAAUGAUUGUCGCCAUUUCUUGCUUUUCCAAUCUAACAAACAAAUAUUCUUUUUGUCUUUUAAAAUUGAUACAGUGCAAAAGGUAGGAUUGUGGCUUGUUCAAUUUAUGGGCACCCGUACAUCUGCUCAUCAGAAGAUAUAUGAGAUUCAUGUGACAAGCCAAGAAAACAUAGCACGUAAGGUUACAUAUAUUGACCACUGUGUUAGUGAUUCCACUGAUGCGAAUGAUGUGUUCCGCCAAGGAAAAUGCGCAGUUAUGCCUCUAAACAUGAUGUCACAUUUCAUUUCUGAUUCAAAUAUUAAGUUUCGCUGUGUGAUCAAAUGUGCAGGAGGAGAAGGGAAUUCUCAUUUUGUUAAAAAUAAACAGAAUAGACCAAUGUCAAAUUAUCCAAAGAUGGGACCGGCUCCCAUUAAUAGACAUAAAAGCCCUGGUCCACAUGUUUCAAGGCCUAUGGGUCCCAACACCAGUAACAAAAAUUGUAACCCUAGUUUGAAGAAGGGACCUCGGGACCUCGGGAAACAACGAAAUAAUAAUUAA